AUGUCACCAGCUACCACUAACGGUGUGAAUGGCACCGCGCCGACGGGUGGACUGUCUGCUAACGACAAGAUCACCCGUUUCGCCGCUCCCAGCCGACCUUUGAGCCCCCUUCCCGCACACGCCCUGUUCAACGACAAGACGAGAUGCUUGGUCUACGGUCUGCAGAACCGCGCUGUACAGGGUAUGCUCGACUUCGACUUCAUCUGCAAGCGAGCGACGCCCUCGGUUGCCGGUAUCAUCUACACAUUCGGUGGCCAGUUCGUCAGCAAGAUGUACUGGGGUACCAGCGAAACUCUCUUGCCCGUGUACCAGGAGUCGGCGAAGGCCAUGGCCAAGCACCCAGACGUUGACGUUGUCGUCAACUUCGCUUCCUCGCGAAGUGUGUACAGCUCAACUAUGGAGUUGAUGCAAUUCCCCCAGAUCAAGACCAUUGCUAUCAUUGCAGAGGGUGUGCCUGAACGUCGUGCACGAGAGAUUGCCCACGUCGCGCGCAAGAAGGGAGUCACCAUCAUUGGACCCGCCACUGUCGGUGGUAUCAAGCCCGGCAGCUUCAAGAUCGGCAACACCGGUGGUAUGAUGGACAACAUUGUCGCAUCGAAGCUGUACCGCAAGGGAUCGGUUGGCUACGUCUCCAAGUCUGGUGGAAUGUCGAACGAGCUGAACAACAUCAUUGCUGCCAACACAGACGGUGUCUACGAGGGUAUUGCCAUUGGUGGUGACAGAUAUCCCGGAACCACCUUCAUUGACCACCUGCUGCGAUACCAGAAAGAUCCCGACUGCAAGAUCCUUGUGUUGCUCGGUGAAGUUGGUGGUGUCGAAGAGUACAAGGUUAUCGAUGCCGUCAAGCAGGGUGUGAUUACCAAGCCUAUUGUUGCGUGGGCAAUCGGUACCUGCGCCAGCAUGUUCAAGACCGAGGUUCAGUUCGGGCACGCUGGUUCUUUCGCCAACUCUCAGCUCGAGACUGCUGCCAUGAAGAACAAGAUGAUGAAGGAGGCUGGCAUCCACGUCCCAGACACUUUUGAGGACCUCCCCAAGGUCGUCAAGGCCGUUUACGAGAAACUGGUUACGGACAAGACCAUUGUCCCCGCCAAAGAGCCCGUCGUGCCCAAAAUCCCUAUGGACUACUCGUGGGCUCAGGAGCUUGGCCUUAUCCGAAAGCCUGCUGCCUUCAUCUCCACUAUCUCAGAUGACCGUGGUCAAGAACUCCUGUAUGCCGGUAUGCCCAUCUCUGACGUUUUCAGGGAUGACAUUGGUAUUGGUGGUGUCAUGUCCCUGCUGUGGUUCCGCCGUCGUCUGCCCGACUACGCUGCCAAAUUCUUGGAGAUGGUUCUUAUGCUUACUGCCGAUCAUGGUCCUGCCGUGUCCGGUGCCAUGAACACCAUCAUCACCACCCGUGCCGGUAAGGAUCUGAUCAGCUCCCUGGUUGCUGGUCUCCUCACAAUUGGUUCGCGAUUCGGUGGUGCCCUCGACGGCGCUGCUGAGGAGUUCUCCAAGGCUGCCGACAACGGCCUCAGCCCCCGUGAGUUUGUCGACACAAUGCGGAAGCAGAACAAGCUCAUUCCCGGUAUCGGCCACCGCAUCAAGUCGCGGAACAACCCCGAUCUCCGUGUUGAGCUUGUUAAGGAGUACGUCAUGGCCAAGUUCCCCAGCCACAAGCUGCUAGACUACGCUCUGGCUGUCGAGUCAGUGACUACGUCGAAGAAGGACAACCUGAUUCUCAACGUUGAUGGUUGCGUUGCCGUCUGCUUCGUUGACCUGAUGCGAAGCUGCGGUGCUUUCAACACGGAGGAGGCUGAGGAUUACAUGAAGAUGGGUGUCUUGAACGGUCUCUUCGUCCUGGGACGAAGCAUCGGUCUGAUUGCCCACUACCUCGACCAGAAGCGUCUGCGUACCAGCUUGUACAGACAUCCUUGGGAUGACAUCACCUACCUGCUCCCCACUCUGGCCAACAAUGGACCGGUGGGUGAGAGCAGAGUGGAGGUUUCCGUAAAAUAG